UAUUAUAAAUUAAAGUGAAGCUCUAAUUUGAAUCAGUUCUUGGUAAAAAGGAGUGUCUUACCGAAGUCAAAAUGAAUUGGAUAGUGUUAUUUUUUGGUGCAUUUUUAAUUUUGGAAUGUAAUUCACAAGGCGUACAACUAAUUGCCCAAGCUACCGAUAAGUUGAGUGUCAAAGUAUAUAAUUUAAUGAAAUCCACCUCAUUCAAUUUUGUGUACAGCGCCUUCGCAACAGAUGUCAUGUGUUCUCUAAUAGCCAAUGGUGCCAAAGGCCAAACGAAAUCUGAAUUGCUGACCACUUGCGCUUUGCCAACAAAUCAGCAGACGAGAGAUCAAGCUUUUAAACAACUUAUUAACAAAUUUACUGUUAACACCCCUACAUUGAAAUUACGACAAGUUAACAGAAUAUAUCCCGCAAAUAAGUUUGUUAUAUUGCCAGCGUUUAGAAGCAAUGCCCUUAAUUUUUACAAUACUGAAAUCCAAAGUUUGAAUUACCAUAACACCUUCGCUGCUGAUGCAAAUACUAACAGUUGGGUCCAAAAUUGUACCGAUAACCUAAUUAAAAAUACUGUCAACCCAGCAAUCUUGAAACCAACCACCGAGAUGAUUAUAGCAAACAUAAUAUACAUUAGCGGGCAAUGGGCCAAUCCCUUUCCAAAGGCCAACACCAAAAAAUCUACGUUUCAUCAAGGUGGUUCCAAGACUAAGUCAAUCGAUUUCAUGACUACAAUAACAAACGUUAAGUACGCGGAAAAUGUUGCAUUGAAAGCUGACUUUUUGGAGCUAGAUUUAAAAAACAGCGAUAUUAGCGUUGUGAUUAUUUUGCCUAAAAAUGGCGUCGAUCUAAAAGAAAUAGAAAGUAAUAUAGAAAAAUAUUUGGGUGUACACGAUUUCCAAACUACCGCUGUUAAAAUAAGUCUACCGAAGUUCAGUAUUUCUAGUAUAUUAGCUGAUCCUGCUCUACCAAAAAAGUUGGGUGUAGUCAAAUUGUAUUCAAAAGAAGCUGAUUUAACUGGAAUAGCUCCAGUGGGACAGCUGUAUACAGAUGUGGCCAUCCAAAAAAAUGUUAUCACAGUAAGCGAGGGUGGCAUAAAUUUUCCGUUCGAGAAUGAGGUUGUUACAGGAUCUCAAGUUCUAGAAGAAAAACGUGUUUUUAAUGCUGACCGCCCCUUCAUAUUUUACAUCGAGGACAAAUCCACCAAAGUUAAAUUGUUCUUGGGAAGGUUCGGAGGUUAA